AUUUUUGUGGUAUCUCCACAUCUUUUCCUCCCUCUCUCUCUUGUUUCUCUCCCAUUUCUCUCUUCCCUCAACCUCCAAAAAUAUUCCCACAGCCACCAAACACAAUUCGCGUUGGAUUACUUCUCCGACAACGCCACCGACCCCAGCCCUAUAUUUCCUCAAAAUCAUUCCACUUUCUCUUGAUUUUCUUCAUUCGAUGCCGACGUUAAUUCUUCUGCUAAUCAGCUCAUCAUUUCCUCGAAUUAUCUCGACUCAUUGAAGAAGCCCCUUUGAUCAAAUUAUUUUCGUUGCAUGCAUAUAUGCUUAACGUGGCAUGUUUACACCAACAAAUUAUUUGAAGAUAUGAAUGCGACCUGCAGAAUGAUAGGAGAAGAUGAUGCGUCUCUCUUAAAUCUCCUUCCCCCCUAUCUCAUUUAAGGAAAAGGAGGAAUCCCUGUUGACAAAUUGGUGGUGCUUUCUCCUACAACAUUGUGCUUCAUAUCCUAUUACACGCCAAUUCCUAUCCGAUCCCUACGGUUUCACAUAUGGGAACAAAAAUGAAGGGGAUAUAUAAAGGAUUCAAAUACAGCCUCACUCAAAUGUUUGUGAAGGAGCCAGAAAUGGAAAUUGGGGGUCCCACUGAUGUGAAGCAUGUAGCACAUAUUGGGCUGGAUGGAUCCUCCGGAAGUGCACCCUCUUGGAUGAAUGAAUACAAGACAGGGAAUGAUUUUGCAGCAACAUCAAUUGGUAACGGCUCGGGUUCUGGAUCCGGCAUUUCUCCAUGGUCAUCUCGAGAAUUUGGCGAGUCUAUGAGGCAGCAAUCGCAAUCCGAUGAGCCAUCGACGGAGGUUGCUGCCGUGAAAAAAAAGGAGAGGAGGAAGAAGCCAAGAUCGAAUAACUCUCCGAAAUCAAACGGCUCUUGUUCAUCAAGGCCUUCAAGGCAAGGGAAGCCAAAAGCCAAAUUCAUUGAAGACAAUGCAAAAACGACAAACAUCGAAGUUGUAUAAAAUCAAAACUUGUGAAUUUCUUCACUUCUUGAAGGGUCUUCUUGUUUUUCCUACUCUGCAGAGUUAAUUAUCCAAUUGAUGUUGUAGGAAAUUUGUGUGAUUUAGGGGGGUGUAUUGUGUAUUAUUUUGGAGGUGAAAUACAAAGGGGCUAAAAGAUCUAACACUAUAUAAAGAUUGAUAUGAGAAACUAAAUUUCUUUUUUCUUCUUUUCAACUUUUUUUCUUUCCUCGGAAUUGAGACGAGGAGGGCCUUUGUAAAGAUUUGUUAACCUUGUUAUUUUUGUUGAUGAACAAUUAAUUGUGCUGAUUUGAAUACUA